UCCAGCUUCCCUCUUCGCCUGCCUCUUCGACAAGAUUCCCUCCGGCCACGCAACCCAAGUCGGCACACCGCGAAUCGAGUUCCUACACUGACCCAGAGUUAUUUUCCUCGUCCUUCAGCUCAGCUCGACCUUCAGGAUGGACCCUGGUUGGUUCUAGCACCUACGGCGAUACAACAGACUCGGCCUAUUCGAUCGACAUUGAGGAUAGAAUCGAUUCACUUACUCAGCAUUGGGAUAUCAUCAUGCGGACCUUGACUCAUCUUCAGUCCGUCGUCGCAACAAUCUUGGGAACGAUGCUGAAGCAAGUCGAUAUCACAUCUCCCAGUCCUUUCUCGGCUUCAGCCGUCUCAAACCAUGGCAGAACUCCUUCCUUUUCGGAUAGGCGCAGCGGCGAGCCGCCCCGCGUAAAGCCACCCAAGAGCACAACCAAAUUGGUGUCAUUGUGGCCCAACUGCCUUGCAGAUGACACCAACAUCGCGGGUGAGGUAGAUGCCGCCAGGCACAGGAUCGUCAUGGGACUGAGUGCGGCAAGGGUUGUGACUGGCCAGGGACGAUGGGGGAUUUGGCGUGAUGAGGCCCGUUGGAUUUCCAAAUGGGCCGGGGGCAUUGAACGGGGGCAGUUCUUCUACAGCCUCCUAAGUGGCUUUCUCGCAACGCAUACCGAUUGGCUUCAAGCUCUCUGCCCCCCUUCCUACCGGAAGCGACUUUUCCAACAGCAAAAGAACCGAAGCGACGAAGACUUAUCUCUCCCGGCUCGAACAAUUAUUAUAUCCGAAGACAAGAUGGCUGCUCGCCGUCUCAUUUUCCUCCUUUCCGCCUUUCUACCCGCAAACCAACAGAUCCCGACUUCACGAGCCCAUCGACCAAGCACUUCAACCUCCGUUGGAACCUUCUCCAACUCUCCUCCAACUUUCAUCAUUCCAGUUCUCAGGGAGGAGUCUCUUCGGCGCAAGAUUAACCGUAGGACUGGGUUGCGUCGAGCUUCUCACUCUAGGACAGCGAGUCAUAGCGCAAGGGCUUCCACCGUCCCUCUUCAGCUCGCUCACUUGACCAUGGAUCGAAAUCACGAACGGCGUGUCUCUGAUGCUGCAUCAAUCCGUCCCUCAAAUCUUCCAAUUUCCGGCAACGAUUUCAUGAGCAGGAAGAGCAGUGCCGCGACAACCACAACCGUGAUGCCGGAGACAACGAUGCCGCACUUUUCCACCGCGCAACGAGGCGAUAACCGAAGAAGGCCACGGCCUAGCAGCAGUGGAAGUGUUGCAGCCGACGACCUAAAGCGAUCUUUGAAACGAGGCGAAAUCACUGGCCAGAUGAGCAACGCGAGCAAUGAUUCGAGGAGCCAGAGCUCAAGAUGGGGUAGCGUCAUCAGUGGGCUAUGGAGCGCUCGUCGCAGGGACUCAACCACACUCAGUAGCUACAGCCAAGGGGAUCCGAAAUCACCUACCAAGCAAGCGUUCCACCGACCGGAUAAGCUAUCGCAGAUGGUGGAAGAGGCCGCUACUCUUUCCGAGUUGAAUGCAACAUCCUCCAAUGGCCCACGUCAAUCAAUGGACGGUCGACAGGCGGGCACACCUCGAGAUUUUGAGGGACGCAACCGGGAGCCAUCGCUCCGACCUGAGCGAACACCUGAUCCAAAUGGGGCCUUCGAAUCGCCAGUCAAGACAUCCAUCAAUGCCGAUGACGGCAUCAUCGAUGUGGAUAUUCCCUUUCCUGAUUACAUGACGUCUUUUGAGUCUGCCAUUAGCUCUCCAUCGAGCAGUGGUUACUUGUCGACCCCCGGCAUGCCAGGCGGACUGGAUUCAUUUGAACAAGUAUCCCGAUUAUGUGUCGAUGGGGACUUGCCCCUGAAUGCUGCUGGCUGGUUGAAUCGCUAUCACCCAGACUUUUCUCUCCAGGCCAUCCCCCCACAGGAGGAUCUCCUGGAACAGGUCAGGGCAUCACUUCGCGCUGAGCCAACACCCGCUCCUGCCAACCCGCUUGGUGGGGACCUCACUGAGCGAUGGGUUGAUGUCAGUUGCGUGAUGAUUGCCGAUACUACCACAAAUAUGAUUACGCGUAUUCGAUACCGCCGGCUGGUUAAGCCAAGAGCCCCUUCCGAUCGUCAAUCAGUUGGGCAGACGGGACAAUCCAGCUCUUACGGCGGCGCACUGCUGACCCCUUCUAUCCUUCCCUAUGAGACCCAACUUGAGGAAGAAUGGAUUGAGGAGCGCAUCGUGCAACCAGAUGAGACGCUCAGUGAAGCCGUUGAGAAGGUUAUUAGUCUCACACAGGAGGCCAGCAAAGACCACUCGUUGGCUUCUUCGCAGACACAUAGCGAGGUUCGCGUGAGCACCGACGGCGAGGAGCCGAUAUCCGUAACUGCACCAGAACCGCCGGCACUACCACAGAUGCCUCUGGAAGUUCCUCGAGUGCAAUGCAAGACUGUGGUGCUCUCUGCCCUCGAGGACACUAUUCGCGAGGUUAUCGACCUUCGGGAAAGGGGUUACUUGAGCACGAACGGUCACUCACGGAAUGCUGGAUCCCAACAGAACCUGCUUCAUGAUGCGAUCAGUCUCUGGUUAGACAACCUAGACAUCGCUGACACAUAAGCUCAUCGCGGGAACUGAAUCACCCCGAAACCACACCUAACGAAUUUCAUGAUUCAUCUCUUAUUUCUCUUUCGUCACAUUUACCCUAGCGAUCUUCCUUAUCGGAACUUAUCUGAUUACACGGAUGUACCACCACUUAUUUUUCUAUCGAAGACAAUCGAAAUGAUACCCAUUGUGCGAUGCACGCACGCACGAGAUUUGGAAGCGGCUUUGCCCCAUCUGGGAGAGGGAAAGCAACAAUACAUUGCCCAUAUACUCUUACUUGUUUCCUACAAGCCCCUUUUUAUCAAUUUUCCUCGUCUCUAGCAUUUGUCAUUGAUUCGGCAUAUGGGACCCUGUUAAGAGCUGCGCUCAGGAGAACUGUUUAGGCUUCCUCGCGAAGCCAACCUACAAGAAGGUUGGCGUUAUGUGAGGGAUGUGAAGCCGUGGGCUAGCUAGCAAGCGAUUCAACAUUAUUAGGACAGAACGUAAUAGACUUUAUUGGGAACUGAG